UCUACGAUCAACCCUUAUUUUUUAAUAGCCAUUUUAGUAAUUUAAUCAUUUUUCCUCUCCGGUCGAAAACUGAUCAAUCGUCAUUUAAUUAGUUAUCCCCGCCAGAUGUCUACAGGUGUCACUUCUGACCCAGUAAACAGCACGGAGUAGGGAUGAGAACGAAGCCGGUCUCCUUUCUUUCUCACUCCCUACACAGUUGUCGGCCAUCAUUAUUGUUUAUGCAUCAAGUGUAGUAGUAACGUUGACAAUUAUUAUUUUGCUAUCUCAGUGUAACUCUCAUAUUAACUUUUAAUCAUUCCUAUUUUAUCAAUAAUAAUUAAAUUAUCAAUUUUGAGUGUAUUUUGCACGAUUAGUUAAUCAAGUGAUUUUAUAACCUCAAAAGUACUCAACACGUGACACGAGCUUCCAAUAACAACGGAUUUUGUGUUUGAGCAAUGCCAAGAAAACGCAAAGGGGCUGAUUUGAGCCGCAGUACAAGUAAAGCUCGAAACUUGCGAAAUAGCAGAUCCGAAAGAACAGAAGAACAAAUCCAGCAACAAAAUACUGAUGCACGUGUCAGAAUGGCGCAAUUGCAUCAAGAAGAGCCAGAAGAUACACGAGCUGAACGCAAUGAAGUCAGAAGAUUAGAACAACGACAAUCACGCCGUUUCACAGUCAAUAGACGAAGAACAAAUGACCAACAACGACAACAGGUACAUCGAGCAUUUAUAUCUGAUUCAUUCCUGCGUCUAGCAUUCCAGUAUGAGCCCGAUAUUGAAUAUUAUGCUCAUUCAAAAGUGGUAAUUGGUGCUAUGGACAAGGAAUGUCCGCAUUGUCAUGCUCUGAAAUUCAAAAAUGAGCCAGCUGGGAUGUGUUGCGCGUCAGGAAAAGUGCAACUACCUGAAAUUGAAACACCACCUGAAGCAAUGAACGGCUUACUUAUCGGCAUGGAUCCAGAUUCUAACGUGUUCCAGAAGUCAAUUCGAAGAUUCAAUUCAUGCUUUCAAAUGACAUCGUUCGGAGCAACAGAAAUAGUUCGAAAUACUAAUGCAAAUGGUCAACAAUUCAAUUCUACAUUCAAAAUUAGAGGCCAAGUUUAUCAUAAAAUGGGCUCACUGCUGCCAAUGCCAAACGAACCACAUAAAUUCUUACAAAUCUACUUUAUGGGCGGCGAGGAUUCCGGAAGCGCACUUGCCAAUCGCGUGAAUGCACGUUGUGAUUAUAAUAACCUUUAUUCACUUUAUGCCAGGCGCAUCGUCAGCGAGCUAGAUGCUCUUUUGAACGAGCACAACGAGUUGUUGAAAAUAUUCAAAUCACAUAUGCACCAAUUACAAAGCGAUAAUCACGCUAUCGUCAUUAAUCAUGAUAAAACACCAGCUGGAGAGUAUAUUCGUAGAUUCAAUGCACCCGUUGUUGAUGAUGUUGCUGGAAUCAUGGUUGGCGAUUGUACAGCUGCACGAGAAAUUCUGAUUCGUAGAAGAAAUAAUAAUCUUCAGUUCAUUGCUGACACACAUCGUUCAUAUGACGCUCUCCAAUAUCCGCUAAUAUUCUGGAAGGGACAAGACGGAUAUUGCAUAAACACAAAACAACGAGAUCCCGUAUCAGGAGCUGAAACAAACAAGAACGUUAGCUCAAAGGAUUAUUAUGCGUACCGAUUAAUGAUUAGACGUGGCCUGGACAACGUCAUUUUACGAUGUCGUGAGCUUUGUCAACAAUUCAUGGUCGACAUGUAUGCGAAGAUUGAGAGCGAACGACUACGAUACUUACGAUAUAAUCAACAAAAGCUGCGCGCGGAAGAGUACAUUCAUUUGCGAGACGCUAUCAACAACAACGCCGACGUCGCCGAAAUUGGUAACCAUGUCAUUUUACCAUCAUCGUACGUAGGCAGUCCACGUCAUAUGCAAGAAUAUAUACAGGAUGCUCUGACUUUCGUGCGCGAAUAUGGACGACCAUGUUUAUUUAUCACGUUCACAUGUAAUCCAAAAUGGCCAGAGAUUACAUCUUUGCUACUGCCUGGCCAAAAUGCAAUACAUCGCCAUGACAUUACAGCACGUGUGUUCAGACAAAAGUUGAAGUCUUUAAUAAGUUUCAUUACUAAAUCACAUGUAUUUGGGCCCACACGUUUCUGGAUGUAUUCGGUUGAGUGGCAAAAGCGAGGAUUACCUCAUGCACACAUUUUGGUUUGGUUCAUCGACAAAAUCCGUCCUGAAGAAAUCGAUAGUAUCAUUUCUGCGGAAAUUCCAGAUCCAUCCACUGACCAACUGCUGUUUGAUAUUGUUACAACAAACAUGAUUCAUGGUCCAUGUGGUACUCUUAAUAGUUCAUCGCCUUGCAUGGUUGAUGGAAAAUGUACUAAAAAUUUCCCUAAAGAUUUUACCAAUGAUACGGUCACAAAUGUCGACGGAUACCCAAUAUAUCGUCGAAGAAAUCCUGAAAAUGGCGGACAGUCAUUUAUUAAAAAUAUCAUCAACACAGACAUUGAUAUUGACAAUCGUUGGGUGGUGCCAUAUUCGCCUCUGCUGAGCAAGACAUAUAAUGCUCAUAUUAAUGUUGAGUUCUGCAGUUCUGUGAAGAGCAUCAAAUACAUUUGCAAGUAUGUCCAUAAAGGCAGUGAUAUGGCUGUGUUUAGAGUGGAAAAUACUAAUGUGAAUGCUCCUCCAGUGAAUAAAAACGAUGAAAUAACGCUCUACCAAAUUGGUCGGUACAUCAGCUCCAAUGAAGCUGCUUGGCGUAUCUUUGGUUUUCCAAUUCAUGAACGGGAUCCAGCAGUUGUUCAGUUAGCCAUCCAACCAUGA